AUAAUCACAGACAUUAUCAAGCACGAUGACGAUAGGACUCAAAUCAGUCUACUCUUCGCUAAUCAAUCCGAAGAUGAUAUUCUCUGCAGGUAUUCUCAGUGUUGCCAAUCAUUUCGACUUAGGAAGGAACUGGAUGAGUUAGCUUUAAAGCACAGCGACAAAUUUCGAGUUUGGUAUACGGUAGAUCGUCCAUCAGACGACUGGAAGUUCUCCAAAGGAUUCGUGAAUGAUGAAAUGAUCAAGGUCCGUCUUUCAUCACGAAAAUGUUUGAUUUCAUCAACAACAAACGAACAUCUGCCUGGCCCUUCGGAUGAUUCUGCCGUGUUUAUGUGUGGUCCUCCACCAAUGAUCAACAUGGCUUGUAUACCAAGUCUCGAAAGGCUUGGAUAUAAUGCCAGCAACAGAUUCCAGUUUUGA